UGAACCUCUAAAUCAAUAUGUGCUUGAAUGUUUGACAGUGACUGCUCUUUGUACGUAUCAUUGUGACUUUAUGUUAAACCUGUCUUAAACAAGUGCUGCUAGCACCUCCUACAGGCUGCCGUGUUUAUUAUAGUCACAGCGUCCUGAUGAGUUAGCCUCACCAGUGGUGGAACCCUGAAUCAUCGAUAUAUUUGCAUUUACCAAAGCCACUGUCACAGCCGCUGUCACCACUUGUCCACAUGCUUAUGUACUGUUUAUGGAGCUUUCAAUCAUAUCACAAUAUUCUUCAGACGACAGAGUUCCUCGGUUUUUCUGUGGAUCGUAGGUGUUUAAAUUUGAAUUAUUGUCUGAUCAGUUAAAGGAGUUGUUUUCUGUGCUUGCAUAAAAGUUAUGGUUCAAUCUCCAUCUGCUGAGGAGGAUUGUGUGAUACGAUCGAGUGCUCCAAAUACUUAAUGGGCCUUGUGAGCCCACUGCUUCUCCCCGCUGUUCAAGUGUCAGUGUGAUGAUGACCCAGGCAUUGACUUUCGACCUAGUCGUCGUGUCCCUACUGGUUCUGCUGCUGGUUCUGGUGGUGCUGCUGCUUGUCUGCUGGAUCCUCAGACGCAGUAGGAGCAGAAACCUCACAGAGCUACAGAUCUCAUCAGGACAACCUCCUCGCGUUUUGAUCAUUAGAGCCAAGCCAGAUGACACCCUCCAGCUGCUGGACCACCUGCUGGACCGAGUCUUUCUCCAGGGAGAACCUACAUUAGAAUCUGGAGGAGAACCUGGGGCAGAACCUGGGGAGGAACCUAGAGGAGAACCUGGAGCGGAACCUGGAGGAGAACCUGGGGCAGAACCUGGAGAGGGACCUAGAGGAGAACAUAGAUCAUAUUCUGGAUCAGACCCAGAGGUUUUUACAGUAGCACCCUCUCACCCCAUUACAGAUACUCCGUCUUCCUCCCCUCAUCCUCCUACUCCGAUUCAGGAUCAAGCCAAUGACCUUGGCCCUCUUCAGUUGGAUGAAUCCCAGCAUGCAUCUCUCUCCUCACAAGGUGCCUCCUGUAGUGCAAGAUCCAAGGAGGAGAGCCAACAUGACUAUUCACAAGUUUAGAGCGCAAUAAAGAAAUCACUGGUCAUUUC